AUGGUCGAGGUACUCUCCGGCGUAGCGGUCAAUGGCGAGACUAGACCGGUCCAUGGAGUUACACCAGUGAAAGAAGAUUUCAUCAAAAUUCCAGAGGUCGCCUCGUAUCCAACUGGAAGUCUUGACUUUCUCGUCAAGCUGCAAAAGGAAGAGCAAAAGCGGCACAAGGCAAUGAGGACUUCCAAUCUGCUUAACCAGGACAACUUUUCCCGGGUCCGGCUAAAUGCCAUCAUUGUCGGUGCCGGUCUCGGGGGAUUGGCUGCUGCCAUCAGCCUUGCUCGCAAGGGCCAUAAGGUCACAGUCUUUGAGCAGGCUCCGGAACUGGGUGAGGUCGGUGCCGGCAUCCAAAUCCCAUCCAAUUCAAGUCGAUUGCUUCUCAAAUGGGGCCUGAAACCCUUUUUGGCAUCCAAGAUCGUGGAGCCAGAGGACAUCAAAUUUCGGCGAUGGGAGAACGGCGCCGUCAUUGCACUCACUAAGCUCGUUCCCGAGUUUCAGGACAACUUCGAUGCGCCGUACUAUGUCGUGCACCGUGCACACUUCCAUGAUGCCAUGCAUCAACUGGCAUUGCAACUGGGCGUCGAGGUCCGAAUCAACUCCAAGGUCAUCGACUACGAUGUAGACGCACCUUCGAUAACCACAGAACACGGAGAUACUUUCACUGCGGAGCUCAUCAUCUGUUCAGACGGUGUAAAAUCAGUCGGACGAACCAAAGUGCUGGGUGGCGUGGACCAGCCGCCUCUGAGAACAGGAUUUGCGGCUUAUCGCGCGACGGUAGAUGUGGAGGAUAUGAAAGUGCACCCGGAGCUCGUUGAGCUGUUGGCAAAGCCAGGUCUGAAUCUGUGGAUUGGAGAUAUGCGACAUGUCAUGACCUACACGAUUGCUGGAGGCAAAUCCUUCAACAUGGUCCUGUCGCAUCCAGACCGCACAGACCCGGCUACAUGGAACCAACACAGCCCGGAAAAGAUCAUGUCUGAUAUGCGGGCUCACUUCGAGGGCUGGGAUCCUCGCCUGACCAAGAUCAUCAACAUGAUCCGGUCCACGCUCAAGUGGCCGCUCGUCAGCGGCUCGGCCCUCAGUCGAUGGGUCGCGCCUUCGAGCAAGCUCACGAUAAUGGGAGACGCUGCCCACGCCAUGGUCCCAUAUAUGUCUGAAGGCGCCGCCAUGGCCGUCGAAGACGCCGCGGCUCUUGCAGAAGCGAUCGACCUGGUCGGCUGCGUCAAAGAACUCCCCGAAGCCCUGCAGGUGUGGGAAGCGGUGCGCAUCAAACGGACAAGUCAGAUGCAGGAAGCAAGUCUGAUCAAUGGCAAACUGUGGCACUUUGCCGACGGCCCGCUGCAGAGGGCUCGAGACGAGGCGAUGAGGCCCGAGGUUGAAGGGAAACAGUUCGUGUCGAGCCCGAACCAGUGGAGCGAUCCGACGACGCAGCGCUGGUGCUAUGGCUACGACGCCGAAUGGGAAGUCAAGCAGGCUUGGGAAAAUAGACCUUCAAAAGCCCAGCUGGUGAAUGGGGAUGUGAAGGGGCUUUAG